AUGUUUGGGAAGGAGAAGUGUGGAGAUGAAGAUGGACUUCCAAGAUGUAGUGCCAAUGAAAGAAAGGGCUUUAGCCAUUCCUCAGACCCAGAUUCCCAUGACCAAGGAAAAAAGGGAAGACGCCCCGGAAUAUCCUAUGCAGACUUAAUAACAGAAGCUAUAGAAAGUAGUUCGGAAGGAAUGCUGACACUCAAGGAGAUAUACUCCUAUAUCUCUUCAAAGCACCCAUACUUCUCUCUUAAGAAAACAGGAUGGCAGAAUUCCAUUAGACACAAUCUAAGUCUGAAUAAAUCUUUCUAUAAGGUUCCAAGAACAUCAGUGAAUCCAGGGAAAGGCUCGUUCUGGAAGAUAAACUAUGAGUUCCAGAACAACAAGGGCUCUCAAAAGACCUAUAGGUCUAGGAAUAAAUAUUCGUUCAAUAGUCAUCGCGAUGCAGAAAAGAAUGUCAACUCAAUAUCAGAGCUUCUUGGGCCACAGCAGGGUUUCUUCGACAACAUUGGCGUUACAGAAGUCCCCUUUGAGCGCCACACAACUAUCUUUGAUGGAAAUUUAACAAGUCUCAGCGAUUGUCUCGAACAUAAUUACCAAAAAGAGUACUUCGACCACAACGACGAUGUCUCAAACGCAAACUACAUCUUCUCGUUUAGAUGA